GUGUGUGAAUAUGUGUGUUUUUAUGAAAUGAAUGACCGUAUCACUGCUCUCAUUGUCUCCCAUGUAAGGCUGAUGAGAAGCACCAGUCCUUGGGCUGCCAUCUGCUUGAGCUUAUUCAGGGAAGCUGGACAGGCUCUGCCCAGUGAUCUGGAGGACAAAUCUCUACUGGACGUGGAGCGGGGCCUUGACAAUGGGAAGCUGAAAAUUAGGCUGUGAAAAAGGUCCACUUUCUAAGGAAUGUACAGAGCAUCUACAAGAACAGCAACAUUGUGGAGCUAAAGAAAACCAGCUGAGUUCAUACAUAUCAGACCAGACUCAUCACUGGACUCAACUAUUGCUUGAAGAACCAAGUUCAUCUGGAGUAUCUGCCAUUGUCAACACCGAUUACCCAUUGACUUUGUUCGUAACAGAUGGGUUCAGCCUUUAACAGGUUCUGCAUGCAGUUCUGCUGCUGCUGCUGCUGCAUUGGUGACGAAGAAGAUGAAGAUGAAAAGCAGCCUUUAGUACCUCAGGAUCCGUUGGAGUACUUUAGCCGUGAAGUCCAGAAGCGUCGCGAUGAGGAAACAAACCUGUGGAGUACGCCAGGAGACCCCAGCCACUCGGAGAGAGACGAUGACCGAGUUCUUUACAGCCUGCUGCAGGCCAGGAACAAGACCCGCAUGGGAUCUACGGGCUAUCGUCGUUUGAGUGUUGACAUCGAGGCUAUGAGAGACACCCGUCGAGAAGUCAGAGACAAAUGGCAGACAAUCCUGGAGAAUUUAGGUUUCAUGGCAGAGGCAGAGUCAUUGCUGACAGUGUCUGCUGGAGCUUCACAUGACCGCAUGCGUGAUGCCGCAGCAUCACGUGCCAUGCUUAACACACUCCACUCUGAAACCUCCAUCUUCAACAGCAGAGAACCACCACCAGAAAGAUAUCUCUUCAUCCUGGAUCGUCUCCUGUACCUCGAUAUAGCUGAAGAUUUCCUGGCAAAGGCAAUGCGCUUCUAUCCUCCGAGGGAUGACUCCGACGAAGAGACCCCGGGUCUUGCCAUAAACCUGCCGCUGUUGCUGGCCAGGGUAGAGGCUAUGAACGGAGGAGGCAUUGAAGAUGAUGAGAGUGGAAAAGAAGAUGGAAACUUGAGUGACAGAUCCUAAGAUCUACUGGCUGCAAUGAUAAUAGACACAAGGCAGGGGGCAGUAGUCAUCAACCCUGGAGACCUGGAUGACAGAAUUGCAUAGCUCAUACCUUUAAAUGUCGCCUCAUACAGUGUCAUACGCUGCUGCUUCUUGGAAAUUUUAGGCUGAACAACUUCUUUUUUCCUCCCCCAUCUGCACAUCUCGAGUCUGUUUCUGUUUGUAUCUGGUUAGUAUAAAAGGGUUUAUCAGACUUUCAGGUAAAUGUUACAGAGGUAUUAGUCUUUUUUCUGUCCACCAGAGUGUCUUAUGCUUUUCUUUGUUCAGCUGUUGUGAACCUUCAGGGUAGCAAUGUUCCUUUGAGCAGAUCCUCUUCAUAUUUUGCCCUAUGAUUAUCACAUGAUCAGUAAGAGCACUGAAUAAAUAACCCAGAAAUCUGAUGUCAGAUUUCUUCUUAGUAUCACAAAAAUGUGUGUUUGUAUAAUUGAUUUUAGUGUGCAAUUCAUUUCAAACAUUUUGGAAACUGUAUGUUGAACUUUUAAAUUGGUCGUGUGGGUGACUGAGGUGUCUUUCAGGUGAUGCAUGAUGGUGUUUUUCCUUCUAGCAAUUUACUGAAAAUGUGGAAGAUUUUCUAAACUCAAGUGGCAGUUGGUGUUUGUGUGUUCAUGAUGAAAUAAAGCUGCAGUCUGA